CAAUCAAAGCAUCCCCCCCGUCCCUCGUGACAUCGUCACACAGAGUGUUGGAAAUCUGUAUAAUCUGAGUGGCUCAGGCUUCGUGUUCUCGCAGCGCUGGAGAAAAGAAGCGCCUGAAAAAUAAAAAGUUAAAAGAACGCGUAAAGCGUGCGUAACGGCGCGCGGCAUGGGGAGUUUCACUCACUGCUGCUUUUGUUUUUCUUUCGUUCUAAACUCAUUUCACAGAAACAUCAGCACAGCAGCCCUCCCUCCUUGCAGUCGACGCACCUCCUUCCUGCCCUCCUCCUGAGGUAUAAAGGAGGUGGGACGACAGCUGCGGUCCAGAGUUCAGCGCGGAGCGGAUUAAACUUUGUUUCAGUUCGGGUUGCACACCGCGGACACUGCCCGCUCUUUCUGGAGGUUUUUCUUCGUCUCUCCGUUUGAUUUUGGAUCCUUUGGACUUUACGCACUGGACCUGUGGACGCGCCAUGGCACGCUCGCUGCUGCCGUGUCUCCUGCUGCUCGCCUUGGCACAGACGGCUCUUACCGCCGGAGUUUUCGAGCUCAAGAUCGACUCCUUCACCAGCUCCAGCGGCAUCUGUGGCCAAAAGUCUGAGGACUGCCUGAUUUUUUUCCGCGUGUGCCUCAAACACUCGCAGAACGUUAUUAAGCCGGAGCCGCCGUGCACGUACGGCGAAGCGUUCACGGAUGUCUUCGACGCCGACUCCAACUCCAUCUCCGAGAGAGAGCCCAUAAGAGUGCAGUUUCAAUUCAAGUGGCCGGGGACGUUCUCUCUGAUCAUUGAAGCCUGGAAGGCGGACGCUCCAGGACGGUCCAUAGAGAAUCCGAACAACCUGAUCAGCCGGCUGGCCACCCGCCACAAGCUGAGGGUUGGAGAGGACUGGACCAAGGGCGAGAACACCAGCAACCAGAGUGAGCUCCACUACUCCUACCACGUCGUGUGCAAGGAGUUCUACCACGGGGAGGCCUGCUCCGCCUACUGCCGGCCACGCAACGACACCUUCGGCCACUACACCUGUGACAAGGAAGGGAAGAUUAACUGCCUGGAGGGCUGGAAAGGAGAGUAUUGCACAGUGGCCAUCUGUGCAGGGUGCAGCGAGCAGCAUGGUUUCUGCAAGUCUCCCCGGGAGUGCGUGUGCCAGCAGGGCUGGCAGGGCAAGAGCUGCGACGAGUGCGUCCGACACCCCGGCUGCAAACACGGGACCUGUAAGCUGCCCUGGCAGUGCGACUGCAGGGAGGGCUGGGGCGGCCUGUACUGCGACCAAGACCUGAAUUACUGCACCAACCACAAGCCGUGCCAGAACGGCGCCUCCUGCACCAACACCGGCGAGGGCAGCUAUACGUGCGCCUGCCGGCCCGGCUACACCGGCAAAGACUGCGAGGUCGAAGUCAACGAGUGCGGCAGCAACCCCUGCAGGAACGGCGGCAGCUGCAACGACUCGGAGAACGAUUACUCCUGCACGUGCCCUCAGGGUUUCUACGGGAAGAGCUGCGAGAUCAGCGCCAUGAGGUGCGCUGACGGGCCGUGCUUUAAUGGAGGCACUUGCAUACAGGAAGACACCGGCGGGUACACCUACCGCUGCCCGUCCAACUUCACAGGCUCCAACUGUGAGAAGAGGAUGGAUCGAUGCAGCAGCAGCAGCCCCUGCACUAACGGUGCUCAGUGUUUUGACGUUGGCAGCAUCGUCAUGUGUCGCUGUCAGCCAGGCUUCACCGGCUCUCGCUGCGAGACCAACAUCGACGACUGUGCCAGCAAUCCCUGCAGGAACGGCGGCACCUGCUUCGACAGAAUCAACAACUACAGCUGCACGUGCACCCUCGGCUUCUCCGGCAAGGACUGCACGGUGCACGCCAGCCUCUGCGACCAGUUCCCGUGCGAAAACGGCGGCACGUGUUUCACCCACUUCACCGGCCCCGUGUGCCAGUGCCCGCGAAACUUCAUGGGCACGCGCUGCGAACACUCUCUCAAGCCAACUGUGAAACCGGCCGCGAAUGGAGACCCUCCAGCGGCCAUGAUUGCCGCUAUUGCUCUGGGAAUAGUGACAUUUUCCCUGCUGGUGUGCGCCGCCAUCUUCGUUCUGCGCCACCUGUACCGGGGCAGGGAGCUGAGAGCCCUUUCCACGUCAGUAAAAAACGACCUGGAGACGGUGAACAACCGCAAUGCGGUGAUUGGCGGAGGGGCGCCCAAGAACGGGAGCUUACCUGGAGCGACUCUGGGCAGCCUGAAGGAGAAAGAGGCCUUCCUCCUCCCGGGAGCUCAUCUUAAAAUGUCCAAUAAGGAUGUAGCGCUGGUGGACAAGGGCAGCGACAACGUGGCCAUGUUUAAAAACAAAAUGGCAGAUUACAACCUGGCAAAGGAGGAGCAGCACCUGGACAAGAACAAGUAUGACCUUAAGAAAUGCGAGCCGUCCGUCAUCGUCCCUCCUCUCAGUUUUGCAAAGGACAGUCUGUAUCACUCAGUGUUCAUCAUCCCAGACCAGCUGGAGCAGUGUGUGUUUGCUACUGAGGUCCGGACUGGUCCCAGUGCCUCCAGGUGGAAGAGGUUAAAAACACUUAUUAAUAUUUCUUCUAACGUUGUGCUUCAUGAAUGAUGUUCAUGGCGCAGUGCAGUGAUGCCGUACGCUGAUGACUAACCGCUGCUUCUCUGUCUCGUUCUCAGGUAUAACCUGAGAUUUUUCAGACCACCAGCAAAGGAUCUUUUCUGCUGAGGGCCUGAAAGUGUUUUGUCCAGAACAGUAUACCCAGAGGAUCUAUUCUACACACAGUUUUUUAAUUUAAUAUUUAUUACUGCUGCUCAAUGGAGAGACUUCUGUUGUUUUAGUCUGCUUGGAUACUGUCAAUGUUCGGAUGGCAAUGAGAAGACGAGGGAGGAAAGACUGAACGUCUGGCAUCAUUUGCACUAUUCAUUCUUUAAAUCUUGCCCUGACUUUCUGUCUCUGCACUCUUUCUUAAUCUUCUUUGGAUCCACGAUCGAAACGAUCGAAGCGAGAAUUGUCCGCCUCUCACACAGACGGGUGCCUUAGCUAUGCUCCCUAAUUUCGCAAUCAUCAGAGGACCUGCUCGCAGAAAUGGGAGGCAAACCUCUUUCUUUUAGGUCAAACAGCCGUACCUUUCCACAGAUCAUGUAUCUGUGACCUGGGCUGGAUAGUUUGUGACAACGAUUCUGUCGUCCACCUUCAAUCGCCGUUCAAUUUUUCCUCGUCACAUUGUGGCCUGUUCAGUAUGAAAAAUAUCCGCCUUACAAUCACCAAACCUGCAGAAUCCAAAGUGCCUCUGUCCCUAAAAACAUCAAAAAGACUUGAAGCCAGCAAUCAGAGUGAGAACGUCACUGUCUGAUGUUCUCCCAGAAGACUGGACGAGUUUUAUUAUGGUUUUUAAUGGUAAGUUCAAAUCCUGCGCUGAGCCUGUCAGUCCACCCGUCUCUGAGCCCCAGUUGUAUCUCCAGCCUUCAGCCCUGGAUAUUAAUCGCUGUGUAAAUGAUGUUUCAGGUGAACUGGGGGGGUGCUUUGUUCCCCUAAUAACAAUCAGCUGUUUCCUGCCUUUCCGCCUUGUGAAUUGAAAGAUAAUCAAAGUCGAACCGUUGGGCUGGAUUCAUCGUACGGGUCCAUUUGUUCCCAGCUGAAUUUUAUAUUUCUAUUAAUCAAAAACUUCAAAGCUGCCUUCAUGAAACCGCUGCAGACCCAGUUCAGUCGGUCUGACAAUAAAAACGCCGCUGACGGGUUUUUUUGCUUUUAUAUAAGAAAAAAAAGAAAACGUUUUUUAUCAGUGAAGGACUCCAAAGAGCUUUUAUUCCUUUGUUUUUUUUAAUAAUCCAUUUGAUACCAAAAAUACGUGUUGUUCUUGUGUAGACGUGUCUUUGUAUUAUCUUCAUUAAUUUAAGAGAACAAUGCAAUGUGUACAUACCUCCCAGAAGAACGUUUUCCUAUUUAAUUUUGCUCGUUGUAAAUAAUUUUGUAUUUAUGAAAGAGAAUUGUACAUAUGUCUACGUUAAUGUGCCCAAUGUCUCCAUCAGAAUCAACAAAUAUAUAUUUUUCUUAAAUAAAUUAGAAAAAUAAUAUUAA